GCUGCCUCCAAAUCAACUCAAUCAUCUCUCGCGCACGAGAGCGCGUGCUGCCUUUCAGGUGUGCUAGUGGGCGCUCCCAUUCGAACAGCAGUCACGAUGGUGGCCCUGUCGCUGAAGAUUUGCGUGCGACAGUGCAAUGUGGUAAAGACGAUGCAGUUUGAGCCCUCAACUCCGGUUUACGACGCCUGCCGGAUAAUCAGAGAGCGAGUUCCAGAGGCCCAAAGUGGACAAGCAUCAGAUUACGGGCUCUUCCUGUCCGAUGAUGACCCCAGGAAAGGAAUCUGGUUGGAAUCAGGGCGCACCCUUGAUUACUACAUGCUGCGGAAUGGGGACGUCCUGGAGUACAAGAAAAAACAGAGACCUCAGAAGAUCAAAAUGCUGGAUGGAACAAUCAAAACCAUAAUGGUGGAUGACUCCAAAACAGUAGGGGAGCUGUUGGUCACCAUCUGCAGUAGGAUAGGAAUCACUAAUUAUGAGGAGUACUCACUGAUCCAAGAGCAGGUGGAGGAGAAGCGUGAGGAUGGGAUGGGAACGCUGAAGAAAGACAGAACCCUCCUGCGAGAUGAGAGGAAGAUGGAGAAGCUGAAAGCCAAACUUCACACAGAUGAUGAUUUGAACUGGCUGGACCACAGUUGGACGUUUCGGGAGCAGGGCGUAGAGGAGAGUGAGAUACUACUUCUACGAAGGAAGUUCUUCUAUUCUGACCAGAAUGUAGACUCUCGUGAUCCUGUCCAGCUCAACCUGCUCUACGUACAGGCCAGGGAUGACAUUCUGAACGGAUCCCACCCCGUGUCCUUUGAUAAGGCCUGCGAGUUCUCUGGAAUUCAGGCACAGAUCCAAUUUGGUCCCCACGUGGAGCAAAAACACAAGCCAGGAUUUUUAGACCUGAAGGAGUUCCUACCAAAAGAAUACAUCAAACAGAGGGGGGCGGAGAAGAGAAUUUUUCAGGAUCACAAAAGCUGCGGCGAGAUGAUGGAGAUAGAGGCAAAAGUGAAGUAUGUGAAGCUUGCCAGGUCCCUACGCACAUACGGAGUGUCGUUUUUCCUGGUGAAGGAGAAGAUGAAAAGCAAGAAUAAGUUGGUCCCGCGUUUACUGGGCAUUACCAAAGAGUCAGUGAUGAGGGUGGAUGAGAGGACCAAAGAGGUGGUGCAGGAGUGGCCCCUCACCACAGUCAAGAGGUGGGCGGCCUCACCCAAGAGCUUUACACUGGAUUUCGGUGAGUACCAGGAGAGCUAUUACUCCGUCCAGACCACAGAAGGGGAGCAGAUCUCUCAACUCAUCGCCGGAUACAUUGACAUCAUCCUUAAGAAAAAACAGAGUAAAGAUCGGUUUGGUUUGGAUGGUGAUGAGGAAUCCACCAUGCUGGAAGAAUCCGUAUCCCCGAAAAAGUCCACCAUCCUCCAGCAGCAGUUUAAUCGGGUGGGUCGAGUCGAGCACGGGUCGGUGGCGCUGCCUGGCAUCAUGCGCUCGGGGUCAAUAGGAGGGCCCGACACGUUCAACAUGGGCACCAUGCCCUCGGCUCAACAGCAGAUCACCACGGGGCAGAUGCACAGAGGACACAUGCCCCCUCUGAGUCUGGCCCAGCAAGCACUGAUGGGAACUAUCAACACCAGUAUGCAGGCUGUCCAGCAGGCACAAGCUGACCUGGGAGAGGUAGACAAUCUUCCACCACUGGGACAAGACAUGGCAUCCAGAAUGUGGGUUCAAAACAAGGUGGACGAAUCCAAACACGAGAUUCACUCCCAAGUGGACGCCAUCACGGCUGGAACCGCGUCAGUGGUCAACCUCACUGCCGGUGACCCUACAGACACGGAUUACACCUCCGUGGGCUGCGCCAUCACCACCAUCUCCUCCAACCUGACCGAGAUGUCCAAAGGGGUGAAGCUCCUGGCGGCUCUGAUGGAGGACGAGGUGGGCAGCGGGCAGAAUCUAAUGGGGGCAGCCCGGACCCUCACAGGGGCCGUUUCUGACCUGCUCAGAGCCGUGGAACCAGCUUCUGGAGAGCCCAGACAGACGGUGUUGAGCGCGGCGAGCAGCAUCGGCCAGGCCAGUGGAGAUCUUUUGAAACAAAUGGGAGAAGGAGAAACUGACGAGAGAUUCCAGGACAUUAUGAUGAACCUGGCUAAAGCCGUAGCUAAUGCAGCCGCCAUGCUGGUGCUGAAAGCCAAGAACGUGGCACAGGUGGCCGAGGACACGGCGCUGCAGAACCGAGUCAUUACCGCCGCCACGCAGUGCGCGCUCUCCACCUCACAGCUGGUGGCCUGUACAAAGGUGGUGAGCCCCACCAUCUCCUCCCCGGUGUGUCAGGAGCAGCUGGUGGAGGCGGGACGUUUGGUGGAGCGAUCGGUGGAGGGCUGUGUGAAGGCAUGUCAUGCCGCCUCAGAGGAGGGCGAGCUGCUCCGACAGGUGAACAUGGCGGCUGGCGCGGUCAGCCAGGCCCUCAGCGACCUGCUGCAGCACGUGCGCCACUACGCCAGCUGCGGCGAGCCAAUCGGACGCUACGACCAGGCCACUGACACCAUCAUGACCGUAACAGAAAACAUUUUCACCUCAAUGGGGGAUGCAGGUGAAAUGGUACGACAGGCGCGGGUUCUGGCCCAGGCCACCUCGGACUUGGUGAAUGCUAUGCGCUCCGACGCCGAGGCUGAAAUCGAUGUGGAUAAUUCCAAGAAACUGCUCGCAGCUGCCAAGCUGUUGGCUGAUGCCACUGCCAGAAUGGUGGAAGCUGCAAAGGGUGCUGCUGCAUACCCAGAAAAUGAAGACCAGCAGCAGAGGUUACGAGAGGCUGCUGAAGGGUUACGGGUCGCCACCAACGCAGCCGCUCAGAACGCCAUCAAAAAGAAACUCAUUCACCGGCUGGAGAAUGCAGCAAAACAGGCCGCAGCUGCAGCGACGCAAACCAUUGCCGCCGCCCAGAAUGCAGCUGCAUCCAAUAAGAACACCAUGUCACAUCAGCAGCUCGUGCUCAGCUGCAAGGCUGUGGCCGACCAUAUCCCACAUCUAGUGCAGGGAAUGAGGGGCAGUCAGGCCCACCCGGAAGAUCUUGGUGCCCAACUCGCCCUUAUCAUCGCCAGCCAGAGUUUCCUGCAGCCGGGAAGUAAAAUGGUGACGUCUUCUAAAGCGGCCGUUCCGACGGUAACCGACCAGGCAGCUGCGAUGCAACUUGGUCAGUGUGCCAAGAACCUGGCCACCUGCCUGGCAGAGCUGCGCACAGCUGCACAGAAGGCUCAUGAGACAUGUGGUCCUCUGGAGAUCGACUCUGCUCUCAGCGCUGUUCAGACACUCAAGAGUGAACUACAAGAUGCCAAAAUGGCCACACUGGAAGGACAACUCAAACCACUACCUGGACAAUCGUUGGAGAAGUGUGCUCAGGAUCUGGGAAGUACGUCUAAAGCUGUGGGCUCCUCCAUGGCCCAGUUAUUGACCUGUGCUGCCCAGGGCAACGAACAUUAUACUGGUGUGGCAGCAAGGGAAACUGCUCAAGCUCUGAGGACGUUGGCCCAGGCCGCGAGGGGAGUGGCAGCGAGUACCGUGGAGCCCCAAGCUGCAGCGGCCAUGCUGGACUCCGCCUGUCACGUGAUGGAGGGCUCGGCCAUGCUAAUCCACGAAGCCGACCAAGCCCUAGUGUGCCCUGGUGAUGCCGAGAGCCAGCAGAGAUUAGCACAGGUGGCAAAGGCUGUCUCUCACUCCCUCAAUAACUGUGUGAACUGCUUACCUGGACAGAAGGAUGUGGACAUGGCUCUCAGGAGCAUUGGCGAGGCCAGUAAGAAAUUGCUUGUGGAAAAUCUUCCUCCAUGCUCCAAAUCCUUCCAAGAGGCCCAGACGGACCUGAACCACACGGCAGCCGAGCUCAACCAUUCAGCUGGAGAUGUGGUGCAGUCUUCACGUGGGAGCAGCAACCAGCUGGCUGUGGCUUCCGGGAAGUUCAGCCAAGACUUUGAUGAGUUUUUAGAUGCCGGCAUUGAGAUGGCCGGACACACUCAGUCCAAAGAUGACCAGAUCCAGGUGAUUGGCAACCUGAAGAACAUCUCUAUGGCAUCCAGCAAGCUGCUGUUGGCUGCCAAGUCCCUCUCCGUAGAUCCAGGGGCGGCAAACGCCAAGAACCUCCUCGCAGCUGCGGCACGAGCGGUCACAGAGAGCAUUAAUCAACUCAUCACACUGUGUACCCAGCAGGCACCAGGACAAAAAGAGUGUGACAAUGCUCUACGAGAACUCGAGGCUGUUCGAGGAAUGUUGGACAAUCCCAAUGAGCCGGUCAGCGAUCUCUCUUAUUUUGACUGCAUUGAGAGCGUUAUGGAGAAUUCCAAGGUUCUCGGGGAAUCCAUGGCUGGAAUCUCACAGCACUGUAAGAUGGGAAACGUGCCAGCGUUUGGGGAUUGCGUGGGUGUGGCGUCCAAAGCGCUGUGUGGGCUGACUGAGGCAGCGGGACAGGCCUCUUAUUUGGUAGGAGUCUCAGACCCAAACAGCCAGUCAGGUCAUCAGGGAUUGGUCGAUCCCAUCCAGUUUGCCAGAGCCAAUCAGGCGAUUCAGAUGGCCUGCCAGAAUCUGGUGGACCCGGCCAGCAGCCCAUCCCAGGUUUUGUCGGCAGCUACCAUUGUUGCAAAGCACACCUCGGCUCUUUGCAACGCCUGUCGUCUGGCGUCUUCCAAAACAGCCAAUCCUGUAGCCCGGAGACAUUUCGUGCAGUCAGCCAAAGAGGUCGCCAAUACCACGGCUAACCUUGUGAAAACUAUAAAGGCCUUGGAUGGGGAUUUCUCCGAUGAGAACCGCGAGAGGUGCAGAGUGGCCACGACCCCGCUGAUAGAAGCUGUGUGUGGUUCAGCAGCCCAGGAGCCAAUCCUUCGUUCCGCUCGUUCAAUGCUGGACAGCUCCACCCACUUAUUAGAGACCGCCCGCUCUCUCAUCCUUAACCCCAAAGACCCGCCCACCUGGUCCAUCUUGGCAGGCCAUUCCCGCACCGUGUCGGACUCCAUCAAGAGCCUCAUCACGUCCAUCAGGGACAAGGCCCCUGGGCAGCGGGAGUGUGACCAGUCCAUCGACAGCAUGAACAAGAGCAUCAGGGACAUCGAGCAGGUGUCCCUCGCCGCCGUGAGUCAGAGUCUGCCCCGCAGAGACGACAUCUCGAUGGAGGCUUUACAGGAGCAGCUGACGUCCGCCGUGCAGGAGAUCGGCCACCUCAUUGACCCCAUCUCCACUGCAGCGCGAGGGGAAGCGGCUCAGCUCGGACACAAGGUGACUCAGUUAGCGAGCUACUUUGAGCCAGUGAUUGUGGCGUCGGUGGGACUGGCGUCCAAACAUGCCGACCACCAGCAGCAGAUGAACAUACUGGAUCAAACCAAAACCCUGUUUGAAUCUGCUCUACAGAUGCUCUAUGCUGCCAAAGAGGGCGGAGGAAACCCUAAGGCGUCCCACACUCAUGAUGCCAUAGCUGAAGCGGCCCAGUUGAUGAAGGAGGCAGUUGAUGACAUCAUGGUGACCUUAAACGAGGCGGCCAGUGAGGGCGGGAUGGUGGGCGGCAUGGUGGAGUCCAUCGCUGAGUCCAUCGGACGGAUGGAUGAAGGAACUCCACCAGAGCCUGAUGGCACUUUUGUGGAUUACCAGACCACCAUGGUGAAGUUUUCAAAAGCCAUCGCCAUUACUGCGCAGGAAAUGAUGACGAAGUCAGUGACAUGUCCGGAGGAGCUGGGUGGACUGGCGUCUCAGGUGACGGUGGAUUACAGCCAGCUGGCACAACAAGGCCGUCUGGCAGCUGCCACUGCUGAGUCAGAGGAGGUGGGAUCUCAGAUCAAGACUCGGGUUCAGGAGUUGGGUCACAGCUGCAUCUAUCUGGUCCAGAAAGCCGGAGCCCUGCAGAUGAGCCCGACGGACAGUUUCACCAAGAGAGAGCUGAUCGAAUAUGCCCGUGCUGUCACAGAGAAGGUGUCCAUGGUGUUGUCAGCCCUGCAGGCUGGUAAUAAGGGAACUCAAGCCUGUAUAACUGCAGCCAGUUCUGUCUCCGGCAUCAUCGCUGAUCUGGACACCACCAUCAUGUUCGCCUCUGCCGGCACACUUAACGCAGAGAACGAAGAGUCUUUCGCAGAUCACAGAGAGAACAUAUUGAAAACCGCUAAAGCUUUGGUUGAAGACACCAAGCUGCUUGUGUCUGGUGCUGCAUCGAGCCAGGACAAACUAGCCCAGGCGGCCCAGUCCUCUGCCAAAACCAUCACACAGCUCACUGAUGUGGUCAAACUGGGCGCUGCGAGCAUGGGCUCAGAGGACCCCGAGACACAGGUGGUACUGAUAAACGCUAUCAGAGACGUUGCUAAAGCUUUGGCUGAGCUGAUUAGUGCCACUAAAUGUGCCGCAGGCAAGGCAGCAGACGAUCCGUCCAUGUAUCAGCUGAAAAGUGCUGCCAAGGUGAUGGUAACGAACGUGACCUCUCUACUGAAAACUGUGAAAGCGGUGGAAGAUGAAGCCACUCGCGGGACGAGGGCUCUUGAAGCCACUAUUGAGUGCAUCAAACAGGAACUCACUGUUUUCCAAUCCAAGGACGUUCCGGAGAAAUCUACCACCCCAGAAGAGUUCAUCCGCAUGACCAAGGGCAUCACCGUAGCGACGGCCAAAGCGGUGGCAGCAGGCAACUCUGCUCAGCAGGAGGACGUGAUAUCCACUGCCAACCUGAGCCGCAAAGCCAUCUCUGACAUGCUGACCACCUGCAAGCAAGCCGCGUACCAUCCAGAAGUGGGUGAGGAUGUGAGGAGUAAAGCUCUGCUCUACGGCAUCGAGUGCACAACUGGAUACACCGACUUGCUCGAACACGUCCUGCUUGUACUGCAGAAACCCACGGCCGAACAGAAACAGCAGUUGGUCGCACUGUCCAAGAAAGUGGCGGGCUCAGUCACGGAGCUCAUCCAGACUGCUGAAGCCAUGAAAGGUUCAGAGUGGGUGGACCCAGAAGACCCCACGGUGAUAGCGGAGACAGAGCUCCUGGGUGCUGCUGCGUCCAUCGAGGCUGCGGCUAAGAAACUGGAGCAGCUGAAGCCCAGAGCCAAACCAAAGCAAGCCGAUGAGUCUCUGGACUUUGAGGAGCAGAUCCUGGAAGCAGCGAAGUCCAUCGCUGCAGCAACCAGCGCUCUGGUCAAAUCCGCAUCGGCCGCCCAGAGAGAGCUCGUAGCACAGGGCAAGGUGGGCUCCAUCCCUGCCAAUGCAGUAGAUGAUGGCCAGUGGUCUCAGGGUCUGAUAUCAGCAGCUCGGAUGGUUGCGGCCGCCACUAGUAGCCUGUGUGAGGCUGCCAACGCUUCAGUCCAGGGUCACGCCAGCGAGGAGAAGCUCAUUUCCUCUGCCAAACAGGUGGCAGCUUCCACCGCUCAGCUGCUGGUGGCCUGUAAAGUCAAAGCAAACCAGGACUCAGAGGCCAUGAGGAGAUUACAGGCUGCUGGUAAUGCCGUCAAGAGAGCAUCUGACAACCUGGUGAAGGCAGCGCAGAAAGCAGCCUUCGAUAAAGCCGAAGACAACAGCGUCGUGGUUAAAACUAAAUUCGUAGGUGGAAUCGCUCAGAUCAUUGCAGCACAGGAGGAGAUGCUCAGAAAGGAGAGGGAGUUAGAAGAAGCCCGGAAGAAACUCGCCCACAUCCGACAGCAGCAAUACAAGUUCCUGCCCAGCGAACUGCGAGAAGACCAGAGCUGAACACGCCUCGUCUGAUUGGACGUGAUAUCCAUCGGAUCAUUAUUGUUACGGAUGAUUGGCUGCUCCUUAUAUGCAGAGCUAGAGAUGUCACACGUCAUUGGUUGUGUAACUGUCAGGUGACUUGUUAAAGUUAAAUGUGAUUGGCUCACAUGGGACUAGCGCCACUGAUUGGCUGUAUGUUGGGGUAUGAAUGGAUUUCCUCUUACAUAGGGCUAAUAUUUUUUGUUCUUGUUUUUUUUAAUCAUGUAUUAAGGUGUAAAGCACUUGUUAGAGGUUUGUUCGAGCGUGUGCGUGAUUGUGUGUUUUAUGUAUCAAUAGUAUGCCACACAUUGGCGAUAUCUUACCGUAAGAAUCUCGAUAACUAAUCCUACACAAUGUCAGUGUAUCAUGUUUUAUAAUGCAACCAAUGUGAAACUAUUAAUAUCUGAAGCUGGCAGCCGCAAACCAGACAAAAUGUACUUAUAAAAUUUACUUAAAGUGUGAUGUCAGACCAUAAGCUUUCAUUAUUCGCUCGCGUGACGAUAAGCUUCAAACGCCUCUAGAAUGCACUGCUCGAUUCAUACAUAUGCCACUCUAGAACUGGAUUAUGAUAGCAAGGUUAUGAAUUCUAGCUAGCUAUAAGGAAAGAAUGUACUGGUGCUCUUUGUCGUGUUAUUUAUUCUUAGCAGAACUUUAUUAGAGUAGCUUCCAGCCUCUCUUUGCGUUUGUAGGUCUAGUUGAGGGCUCUACGGAUUAAGGAAGUAUCAUGUCUUUCAGUUCUUUCAAUUCAUGCAAAUGGUUUCAUUCAGUCGUCUCUUCAUACCUCAGCUGUAUCCUACAUUGUAAGGUUUCCCAUGGUUCCUCUGGGUGUGUCUGAACUUAGUCAGGUGGGCAGGAAUGAGGUUUGCCCAAACACAAUGGAUAUGUUCGGAUUAACACACUACCAUACUACUCAUACUAUUUCUGCAGAUGCAUACUUUGCACAGUAUGCAAAUUUUACACAUUAGAAUAACCAGAUGAAAUACUGUGUCCUACAAUGAAAUGACAAUCGUCUUUUUUGUGCCAAAAAUUUCCUUUUUUUUUUUUUUUUACAAAAUUGGAUGAAAAUGCGAAGAAAUUAUAGGAACAUUAUAUCCCACAAUGCAAUGCUCUUUUUUUUGAAUGAACA